CGGAUGUCGUAUAUGUUGGAUGCCGGUGUGCGAUCCCGUACGUUUCCUCGCCGGUAGAGGUAGAACGUAGUUAUCUAUCAGUUUUUCCCGAAUAAUUCCCUAUUUUGAUCAGCAUAAAAGGCGCAAAUUUGCCAUCCGGUGCCCGACAGUGAAGUGUCGCGCUAAAAACGAUCGUCCGACUCUUAAGUCGCUUAGGUCGCAAUUUGGCAGCAGUGCAAUGUGGGACAGUUGAAUGGUCGAUUAUGAAAUUUUUUUCGCCAGCAUUACACUAUAACUUAUUUACGAUAAUUUUCGCGAGAAAGCGGAAGAGGUUCAAGUGACUUUUUUUCUAUAGGCGAUUAUAGAAGUACAAGUUAUUUAUUGAUUAGGUUUUAUUUUUAAUUUCUAUUUUGGAAAAAUGUUCGCUUAAGCUAACUAAAAAUUCCUGGCGCUAAAAAAAGAUAUAUCACACCAGAAAAAUGUCACGGAAUAAGAAAAACGGAAACUAUACUGACACUAGAUAUACUACCGUAUUUUUGCAAGACAACGGUGAUGUGAUCGAAAAAAAGAAAACGGGAUGGUUCGGUACCAGACACUUCGUAACGUUCAUGCUCUUCCUGGGCAUGGCCAAUGCAUACAUCAUGCGCACCAACAUGUCGGUCGCCAUUGUGGCUAUGGUCAACCACACGGCCAUCAAUAUCGCCAAUGGACAUGACGGAGGAGCAACUACGGUUGAUGAUGAAUGCGGGGUCGUUGUAGAUGUCAACGCUACGAAAAAGGACACUCAAGCAGACGGCGAGUUCGUCUGGCAGACAGACAUCCAGGGCUAUGUCCUCAGCUCCUUCUUCUACGGCUAUGUGAUCACCCAGAUCCCGUUCGGCAUCUUGGCCAAACGCUACGGCAACAUCUACUUCCUGGGAGUUGGAAUGUUGGUCAACUCCCUGUUUGGUCUCUUGGUGCCUGCAGCUGCCGAAUUAGGCAUCUGGUGGUUGGUCGCUGUCAGGUUCAUUCAAGGCCUGGGUGAGGGCCCUAUCGUACCAUGUACUCACUCACUUCUGGCUAAGUGGAUCCCGCCAAAUGAGAGAAGCAGAAUGGGCGCUUUCGUGUAUGCAGGAGCCCAAUUUGGCACUGUCAUAUCUAUGCCUCUGAGCGGGCUAUUAUCAGAAUGCAGAUUGGGUUGGCCGUCAAUUUUCUAUGUGUUUGGAGCAAUCGGUACCAUAUGGUGCAUUUUCUUUCUAAUUUUCAUCCACGAAGAUCCCCAAAGCAACUCCAAGAUGGAUGUGGAAGAACGAUUGUACAUUCAGAAACAGUUGGGGAGUAAAAUCGGUCUACCGAUCCCACCAAUACCAUGGAUGUCGAUAUUGAAGUCUUUACCCUUUUGGGCUAUCUUGUUAGCACAUAUGGGUCAUAAUUACGGUUAUGAAACGUUGAUGACAGAACUACCUACUUACAUGAAACAAGUCCAUCGAUUUAGUAUUAAAGAUAACGGCGUCUUAUCAGCGUUACCAUAUCUCGCCAUGUGGAUAUUUUCAAUCUUUAUCAGUCACGUUGCUGACUGGAUGCUUACAAAACCGUACUUCACCCACACGUCAGUCAGAAAAAUAAUCAAUGGAAUAGGUCAGUACGGCCCUGCGAUUGCCCUAGUCGCAGUUUCCUACACAGGUUGUGACAAGUGGUUGACAGUUGCUCUGUUAACUGUGGGCGUUGGGCUUAACGGCGGCAUCUACUCCGGCUUCAAGGUCAACCAUUUAGACAUCUCUCCGCAGUUUGCUGGGAUCCUGAUGUCCUUUACAAAUUGUAUGGCCAACUUGGCUGGUCUGCUGGCGCCUAUCUACGCUGGCAACGUUGUCGUCGGAACGCCAAGCAUAGCAAAAUGGCGGGUAGUUUUCAUCACAGCGGCCGCAGUUUACGCGGGAUGUUGCACAUUCUACGUCUUUUUUGGAUCAGGGGAAAGGCAGUCUUGGGAUCAACCACCUGAAGAGCCUGAGAAGAAGAAAGAAAAAGAGGAACCGGAAAUCAUCACCACCCGUACCUAAAAUGGGGCUGUUAUCUUCUAUUGGAUAAAAUUUCCACAGAGAGAACACUACAGUGUAUUUCACGAGUAUCCAUUAUAUUCUGGUGUGACCGAGUGAACAGCUGAUUAGCAAGUGACAUCUUUGUACUAGACUGUAACGUUGGCAAUAAUGAAUCGGUUGUAAAUCUGGUAAAAGGACCGUAUUGAGAACUGUUGUUCACAUAUCUAGAUACUUUUAGUGACUGAAAAUUUUGACUACAAAAUAUACGAAGUACACAUAGAAAAAUCUUUAUUAGAAAAUAGUAUAAUACAUCUGGGAUUUAUUUAUUAGGAGGUGGGAAGUCAAUAGAAUAGAUUGUGCUGACCUGUGUAAUUUACAUGUAAAAAUAAUAUAGAUAUGUGUUUCUACCUAAUUGUCUGUCAUCAGUUAACGUAAUUCAAAUAUGGCCGUUUCGUUGCCCUUUAAAAAUCACAUAGUGUUUCAAGUUCUAUAAAGUAGAGAUGAUUAGCAAACUCAAAAACUGUUUGUCUUAUUUUAUUCCUAACUGAAAUGUAGUCAUGAUUAUUAGCAGUCAUUAUGCUUGUAGCGUUUUUUUAUGCAAUGGAACUUUUAUAAAUAAAAUAGUUGUUAGCAAGUACAAAAUGAAUCUGUAGCGAACAAAAAACCACAACCUAAUACGGUUCUGUCUACCUGGCGUUGCCGGAUUCGUCAGAAUUGUGUGUCACUUGGAAAUUUUGAAAUAGUUCUAGAUAAUCAGCUGUUAUUCUACCGUAAUGGACACUCGUAAAAAGACAGUAGCGAGAGAUAACUGAUUGAGGUUAAGCCACAAGCAUUGUCCAACCGAUAUCAAUUUUCUCCUGGGUAUUUUGUUAGAGUUGCAAAACUAUGGAAAUUCUGAACCUCGAAAAAUUGAUCAUAACAAAUAUACAACCAUUUUUUGUUCAAGUAAGCAAAUUACUUGGUUUAAUAUGCACCACAAUCGUUUUAAGUAUUUUCGUGCAGUUUUGUUUAAUUCCAGGGAAAACAACACAAACAUUGUUAGAAAAAGUUCUAAUUGUCAAGAAAUGACAGGUAACGAGUCCCGAAUAAUUAUGGUCACUAGGAGGCGCUGUCAGCGAGCACGCAGCGAAUAGUAUUUAAACAGAAACAGCAUAAAAAAACUUUGUCAUAUUGGUUUAAAAUAAACUAAUGUUAAAAUAUUCUCCAACAUAUUGUAUAGCAAGCUUUUAACUUUAAUUAAGAUACUUAAUGACCUCAAACUUUAUAAUUUUUAACCGAGUUUUCAAGCACUGAAUAUUACACUGCACAUUAACACAUCGAUUCGUUAAACACGAUUCUUAAAUAAACUAUUUUUUUGCCGGGACACAUUUUUUUAUGUUUUUCGGAUCAUUAUGACGAAUACAAGCCUCUAGGAACUUUUCUCUAAAGUUAGCCAUUUUAGUGUUAAUAGCGGUUUAAUCUUUGAAAAACCCUAGAAAUAGGUAUAUUCAAUGCUUAAAACUCGCGAUUAAAAAUUAUAAUUUUUGAGGUCGCCAGGUAUUUGAAUCAAAGUUUGAACGUCGCUUUACAAGACCUCGAAAGUAUUUUGUGAUCACUUUAUAUUAAACCGAUUUUUAACUUUGUCAGACCAAAAUUGACGAACUUUGGAUAUUCGCAGAGUGUACUAUUAUAGUUACUAUGCUGUUUUCAGAUAUCGUCCACUAUCAUCAAAACAGUCCUUGUUUACCAUGAUGAAUUCAGCCACGUUCUCGAAACAGUCGGUUCGCUGUGGCGUUGCAUACAAAACCUACGGGAGUCGAUUUAGUAGGUUUUAUGCUCUACGCACUAUUUCCACAUUUUUAUACUGACCCUGUUUUUUGUGGCUUUCAAUUAGAUUAGAAACUUGCAUAGAACAGGAUCUUUACUGUUUGGUACCUCGGCAGCUUUAGAAUCCUUUAAAAAUCUUAAAAACUACACCUGCAUCUUCGUCAAUAUUUCAAUCGAUCACUAAGUUUUGUUGCUCUAGCAAGAUACUCAUAAUAUGACCUGAUUGUUAUGUAUUGUUAUCAAGAAAAUGGACAUUUCUAUUGUGAUGAAUCUUACUAUCAGUAAUAACUAUUGUUUUAUACGCAAACUAGCCGAUAGUUUAGCGGUAGGAAUUUUGUAGGUUAGCUUCGAGUAGCGACCAAAUAGUUCAAGAAAAAAUAAUCUGUGAUUCCAUACUACUAUUUCCUUUAAUAGUUUUUUUCUAUAAUAGUUAUCAGUUUCACUUUUAGUUAUUCAUCAAUGAAAUAAUUGUUUUGAAGUAUAACUUUUGGGUGAAAUAAUGUUGAUAAUAUUUUGAUAUCAGUAUUUUUUAUUGAACCUGCAUACUUGAAAUACAACCCACGUUGUUUAUGCAGCGCGAUGUUUUGUUAAAACUUUUAUCAAACAUGCAUCUGUUUUAUAUAGUCCCGCAAUAUCUUCGCAUCUGAUGGGAAAUAUUCUGAUUCGGAUAUUUUGCACAAUCUCUUUAACGAAACUGCAUGUUUCCAGGCGCAAAUUUGCGUGAAAACUUUUUGAAGCAUUGCAAAAAUUGUUAUUUGCUCCGGUCAAAGUGUUUUUUUACUUUCUUUGGGACAUUCUCAACAAAAAAGGUUCUAUAGAACUUGUUUCUAAAGUUUUCAAGGUAUAAGCGAUACAAUAUUUGAAAAAUAUGCCGUCUUCGACACUGAAAAACAAAAUGAAAAACCGAAAAUUUUAAGUUGCCAAUGUUCCUAAAUAUUCCCCAAACAUCCAUUAACAAAAUCCCAAAGAAUGUGAGGAGGUAUCGUUAUUGUAAACCUUUGUUUUUUUAAUUGUUAACCAAGCGCGUGCUCAGUGUUAUGCUCUGCGUGACUACGAGAAAUUUUUUCAAUAUGCUUUUCGGGGUUAAAAAUGCCGUAUUUUCCGCUUUUUCAAAUGUACUGCUCAUAUCUCUGAAGCAACAAACUUCAAAUAAAAGUUGUAAAUCACAUUUUUUCUUGAGAAUGUCCCAAAAAAAAACCUAAACACGGAGCGAAAAAAACAAUUUCGUGAAUUUGCUCAAAAAAGUGUAUAAAAAACGUUUGUCGCAAAUUUGGCACUGGAUAAAUGCAGAUUUGUUUAAAGCGACCCUUUUCAAAUAAGAGUAAGCAAAAAAUUCGAGCCAGAAUAUUUUUUCCGAUGCAAAGUUCCCGGACCCCGUAUUUAAAAAAAAAAAAUCGUUCCAUAUCCGACAUUAUUUUGAGCCAAUACUUAGUCAAUAUUGGAUUAGAACAAAGUAAAUAUUUUAUUUGAAUUGCUACAUGCAAAAUCACAGAAAACAAAAAGAUCCCAUUAAAAAAUGACUGUGUUUUAUAUAAUUGUUAAUUUAAAUAUAUUUGUUUUCUUUGUUACUACAGCGAUAUGUCAGACGAUAAAAUAUUAGAAUCCAACCAAGACAAUAUUUAGAUUUUGGAACAUAUUUUACAUGUAAGUGCACCCAAUUUUUUGCGCAAUGCAGUAUACGGAAUAUUAAAAAUUACUAAGUGUUGUUUUGUUAUAUAGACGAGACGACAAUCCAAACAUUUGUGGGAGAAAUUUUCUAUUGUAAUUUUGUUUGCACCGUACAAGGUUUUUUAGUAAUUUAGGCAUUAAGAUCACACAGUUUGACAUUAUUGGUGGAUGUGCAUCUCUUCAGAGGUCUCUGUACAUAUACCAAAAAUGAAAUUUUUAAUUCUGCCGUCUAAAUCCAUCAUAUUUGUCCAUCUUUCCCCACUGCAUAUUCCUGUUCAGAGAGAAAAUACAUGGAAAAAAUAUAGUGAGACUCCCAGCAGACACCACUUUUAAUUUUUUGGGGACCUGUGGAUCGUUUUUAUGCAAAAAUCUGACUUCAGAUUCGUGAUCCGUGUGAAACAGUAAAUAGAAAAAACAUAGUCGGACUCUGAGCAUACACUACUUAUUAUUUAGUUAUUUAAUUUGCGGGCCUGUGUAGUCGAUUUUUGAAGUCUAAAAAAUCCUUUAAAUGACCAUUUUUAAUGCUACUUUUGAGAGCACCAAGUGUCUAGAAUUACUAGAAUAGAAUAAACUAAGCCUGAAAUACUCUUUGGGGCUUUGUUAAGGAAAGCUUGAACUAAAAUUUAAUCACUUGGCGACGUAAAAACUGAUUUUUGACCAAGUUUUCAAGCAUUGAAUGUUGCCAUUUCAAGGGUUUUUCAGACUUAUAACAUGAAAAUGAUCAAGUUUUAACACCCCACAUCCCUCUUUCUCAAUAGCUUGUUUCAUGGAGUAUGCUUGAAACUUCUCAUCUGAUUGAUUGUUAUAGGUGACUUAGAAACGUUAUCAAUUUUUUUCUGUCAAAAGGUGUUGUUCAUUUUUUCUUCAAUCAAAUACUAGUAUAGCUCUGAAGUUGAAUGUGAAUUUUAAUACUUUUAUAGUAGAAUUGAGCCACUUUUCUUAUCCCUUUUUUUGUAUUCCAAAAUCAUUGGCCCAAUUUGCUACUAAAUGAGUUUUCAAGAAAAGCAAAUAUUUUUCGAAGAAAAAAAUUGUAAGAGAAAAGUAAUUAUCCAUUCAAUUCGACCAUAAAAAUGGAAUAUUCACAUACUAUUUUAGAACUAUACUAUUAUUUGAUAAGUUACGAUUGAAGAUAAAAAUGCACUUUGACAGAAAAAAAGUUGAUGUUUUCAUAGUCAUCUGUAUACUAACCACGAUAUAAUCAAAUAAGUAUUAAGAAUACUCGACAGAAAGUUAAAAAAGGGGAUGUUCGCCUUUAAAGAAAGGUGACUGAGAACCUUGUUUGUUUCAUGUCAUAAAAAAAAUCGAGUUGAAAAUUUCUCUCAAGACUGCGAGACUUUCGCCUCGCCUGGUUAUAUGAUAUGAUAAUAAUAUAUUUUUAUAUCAAGUUGUUACAGACAAUACUCCCUUAUUAUAGUUUAUUCGCAUGUGUGCCUUUGAGAUGCGGUAGCUAAGGCUUAUAUUGAGAGUUUAGAGUGAUAUCAUGAUGUGUCAAGUUUUAAAAGUAUGUUGUAUUAUUGAGACAGUAAUAAAAGUUAUAUUAAUUUUUAAA